AUGGUUUCCCGAUUGACAGCUUUUCUACUUCCCUUGGGAGUCGCUUUGGCUCAAAAUGCUACAUCAGGGACUCCCACUUAUUCGAAUGGAUCUUCCACGGUACCACCGACAGCAGUAGCAACGCAACUCGACAUUAACGUCGAAGACUUAUGGAAUCUUUUUGUUGGCCCAGUCUCUACAGCCGCUGUGAAUACUACUGUUUCAGCGACACCUAUUCCAACAUCCGAACUAGUUCCACCACCAGGUCUCGCUUAUCCCUCAUUUCCAAAUGGCCAACAGAUACCAGCAAUGGUAUCUAAUUCGAGUUGGAAGUUCCCGAGCGGCUUUUGGUGGGGAGUCGCAAGUGCCGCGUUCCAAGUCGAGGGUGCAGUGAAAGAUGAAGGCAGAGGUCCCAGUAUCUGGGAUGUGCUGUUGCAUCGAGUCACUGGAUUUUCGACUGCCAAUCAAACGGGAGAUAUUGCAGAUAACCAGUAUUACUUGUACAAACAAGAUAUUGCACGCAUCGCUGCACUUGGUGUUCAGACAUACUCCUUCUCAAUAAGUUGGUCACGUGUAUUUCCAUUCGGCAGAGGCGCUGUUAAUGAGGAGGCCCUCGCACAUUACCAAGAUGUCAUUGAUACCUGUCUCGAGUAUGGAGUCGAGCCAUCAGUAACACUUUACCACUGGGAUUUACCCCUCUAUCUCCAAAACUUGUACGGUGGAUGGCUUAGCGAGGAAAUUGUCGGCGAUUUUGUCGAAUACGCUCGUCUUGUGUUCGGAAGAUAUGGUGACAAGGUCAAUAGAUGGUUCACUGUCAAUGAACCGAUUGUUUUCUGCAACACUUAUCCACUACCGGAUGGAUAUUUCAGAGAUACAGGGAUUCCUAAAAAGCAGCAACCGUUUUGGUGUGGCCAUAAUGUCUUACUCGCGCACGGAGAGGCAUAUCGAUUAGGAAAGUCCAUGGGCUUGAACGGGACAAUUUCUUUCAAAACAAACGGUGGUUACAAGAUUCCACUGACCAAUUCAAGUGACGAUGCACUUGCGACCCAAAGAGCCUGGGAUUUCAACGAAGGAUGGUUUGCCGAACCCACAUUCUUGACAGGCGACUAUCCGCAGAACGUGAAGGAUUACGUUUCCGGAUUCUUACCAGCGUUCACUGAGGAGCAAAAAACAAUGAUCAACGGAUCAAGUGACGUUUUCGCACACGAUGCCUACACAUCACAGUUCUACAUGGCACCGGACUCCGGAGUCGCCGCAUGCGUCUCCAACUCCUCCCACCCACUCUACCCAACUUGCGCCAACUCAACCUACACCUACGCCUCAUCAUCCGGCGGCUGGGCUAUAGGAGCCGCAGCCGAUCCUCUCUCCCCAUGGCUCCAUAAAGCCACAGACUGGGUCCCAGCUUUUCUCCACUACAUGCAAGACACAUGGAAACCCGCAGGCGGCAUCGCGAUCACCGAGUUCGGAUUCGCAGAGCCAUUUGAGGCGUUGAAAGUUCUCAAACAAGAUAUCGUGACGGAUCCUAUUAGAAGCAGUUAUUAUCGCGAGUAUAUGCAAGCGAUUCUUAUUGCUAUUAGUGAGGGUGUUGAUGUAGUUGGCACGCUUGCUUGGUCGAUUGUGGAUAAUUUGGAGUGGCAGGCGGGAUAUCAGAGUCGUUUUGGUAUACAAUAUGUUAAUUUCACGACACAAGAGAGAGCAUACAAAGCGAGCUUUUUUGAAUAUGUCAAUGCGUUCAAGCUCUAUGGGACGGAUCCUGUUGUCCCGCACUACGUGGGAGAGAGCUAA